CCGCUGUUUGCACUCGUGCGAUUUUUCACCAGGAAAUAUUUUAAAAACGGCAAGAAGUAAAAAUGGCGACGGUCAUUCCCAACCCCCACUUCAACUCAGAAGAAGCAGCCAAGAAGUUGCGGGCGGCCAUGAAGGGUGCAGGUGCCGAUGAGAAAAUUAUAAUUGACGUCCUUGUGAGUCACGACAAUGCACAAAGACAAGAAAUAAUAGAUGUUUACAAAACUUUAUUCGGACGCGAUCUGAUAAAAGAUUUGAAGGCUGAGUUGGGCGGCUAUUUUGAAAGUACGGUGGUUGCACUCAUGACUCCGAAGUACGAGUUUCUCGCCAAGGACUUGGCCAGAGCCAUGAAGGGAGCCGGUACGGACGAGACAGCCCUGAUUCAAAUCCUGUGUGCGCACAUGAACAAAGAUCUGAUUGAAAUAAAGAGUGCUUAUAAAAAACUGACAGGACGUGAGUUGGAAAGUGACAUCAUAGAAGAUACGAGCGGGCACAUCAAACAUCUCCUGGUCGCACAAAGCAAUGCUUUCCGAGAGGACGAGGGCCCCGUUGAUUACGACAGAGUGGAGAAGGAUGUGGACGAAAUCAACAAAGCAGCCAAGAAAAAGUUUGGAGCAGAUGCAGAGACAUUCAAUGCCAUUCUAUCGAGUCGUAGUUACAACCAGUUGUAUGCAACGUUUGAACGGUACAAAGAGAAAUAUGGCGAGGACAUUGAGGACACCAUCAAGAAGGAAACUGGAGGAAACCUCAGAGAUGGUCUGCUUACCAUCGUGCAGUACACGAAAGAUCCCAGCCUCUUCUUCGCCAAAUGUCUGUACAAGAGCAUGAAGGGGGCAGGCACCGACGAUCGAACGCUGAUCAGGAUCAUCGUCACCAGAUCGGAGGAUGACCUGGCAUCGAUAGCUGGAGCAUUCUACGCCAUGUACGAACAGCCCCUCUCAGAUUACAUCUCCUCCGACUGCAGUGGCGAUUACAAACGUCUCCUACUGGCUAUUCUGGGAAAUAUUUAAAACAUUUUGCAGUGUUUUAUUUUGCAUGUUGUCCGGUAAGCUAAAAUGAUUAAUUUAUUAAAGUUAAAUUCAAGUCAUUUUUAAAGGUGAAACUAAUUAUUGUAACGCGUAACGAGUGAAUCCGCGCGACACAUUGUUGCAUUGAUAUUGCUUUUGGCAUUGUAUACAUUCUCCUUGUCCAAUUUCAUAAAAAUGAGAUUUAAAAAAUUUUUAAUUUAAAAGAUCUAAAAUUUAUCUGAUUGUAACCUUAAAAUUUUCAAUUAAUUUUCCGUACGUGUUGCUAUAUCUAUUGACUAUUUAAAAUACUUUCCGUUCUUUUGUUUCCAGUAUUUUACAUUAUUCAUUGACUGUAAACUAAAAUUCUUACGUUUGAUAUUCGAUCACUUCCAAUGAAUGUCCGUUUGUCAUUGAUCAAUUUUUGGACUGGCUGGACGUUGUAGCAGCAUGCACACUAACACAGUGGCUGUGUAUUUAAUAGGCAUGUCGCUAGUAGCAGCGAAGCGUUAGUAGCUAGCAGCAACACUUCCACGCCCCAUCAUGCUAAACGAGCGAUCGUCAUCUCGCGAUUGUAGCAGCCUAAACAACUUGAGUUCUCGUUCCACGUUUAUUUGUUAGUUUGCUAUUUUAUGUUUCGUACACAAAAUCGUAGAUAGUCAAUGCAAACAUAAGCUCGCAAGUUCAUCUUAAUAUUGCAAUUACGAACGUAGGUGGCCCACCGUCGAACUCGAACGCCGAUCACUCCUAGCCGUGCUAAAUACGAGAACUGUUGUUAUCCGUAGCUCACAAAUACUAACUGUUUUUAUAUUACACUGUGCUUUAUGUGUUGCAUGCUUUUUAUAUUUCGAAAUUCGUUUCUACAAUGUGAAUGAUGCUUUUUAAAUAGAAUCGUCAACAAGUGAA